ACUUUCCUGGAGUAAAAACUUUUAAGGAGCUUCAAGCCUUUGAUUCUCCCCCAUUCUGAAACCCUACAAAGAGACGCAGAAUCAGAUCAUAAUCUCAAGACGAAAGCACAGCCAAGAGAGAAAUGAGUUCUGCUUCUGCACUCCGGGAAUUACAGCGAGAUCUUGAAAAUAAAGCCAAUGAUCUUAGCAAACUUCAAAAAGACAUUGCAAAGAAUCAUCAAGUUAGAAAGAAGUACACAAUCCAAUUGGGCGAAAAUGAGCUAGUCCUGAAGGAGUUGGAUCUGUUGAAUGAAGAUGCUAAUGUUUUCAAGUUGAUUGGGCCAGUCCUAGUGAAACAGGAUAUGGCAGAGGCAAACGCUAACGUGCGCAAGAGAAUUGAAUAUAUUUCGGCCGAACUGAAGCGUCUUGAUGCAACCGUUCAAGAUUUAGAAGAUAAACAAAACAGCAAGAAGGAAGCGAUCUAUAAACUACAACAGAAAAUUCAAGGCCUCCAGGCUGGAAAAGCACCUGCUUAAUGUGAAAGUGGACUUGCGUGGAACUUUAGUCUCACUUUUCCCAAGUUAUGGAAAUUUCGGAGAAGUCCCAGUAUUAGAAUUAGAGGUUAUCAUUCAUCCUGUACGUGUGUGCUGAAUUUUGUAAGAUGCGUCUCCCUUCGUGGCUAAUCGACGUUGUAGUAUCCUGAGGAAGAUACUGAAUGGAUAUAUAAGUUUUUCUUUGUCAAAUGAUGAAGGUAUUUUGAACCAUUUCUCGUUA